AUGCUGUUGCGCAACGGGCAACCCCGUCUACUCCUCGGCACAAGUAGACGAUUUCAACCUUCGGCAUGUCCCUUCUGCACGCACUUUGCACAAUCGGCAAGAGCAAAAGUACGAUCUCGACGCCCCCUCACCAACAGACGAUGGCUCUCCGUCGCUGCCACAGCUGCGACAUCGCCGAACCCGCGCCGCGAGCUCGAGCAUAUCCUUCUAGAACUGGGAAGCCGGGCCUCAAAGCACGUCGACCCCUCGCGGCUACAAUUGGCCCUGCGGGGGCUUCGCGAGCCGCCGGGCAAGGAGCUCGUUCGCGUCGCCGUUCAUGGACUGGAUGCCACCAUCCCGACGGCUAGGAGAGUCUUCCGCGCCUUGCUGGCGGAUCCUCUACGAGACGAAGAGGACUGGGAAAGGGAACUGGAGACGCUGGAUCCGAAAAGUCCGCUUCUCGUGCGCACCUUUCCCACCACCGACGAUCACGUCACCUUUGUCGUCGAGGACGACGCCGCCCGCCUCCGCGAGCUGCAUGUGUCGUCCCCGGAACUCAACGGACUCGAUCUCGAAUUUGUGCUCACCGAGAGCCUCGCACCCGCCAACCAGAACGCAGGGACCGCCACGAUGGCACCGGUCCACCGAACUCUCUUCAUCGCAGCCGAGCUCAGGGGCGCCGUCAAUGCCUCGACCCUUCCCACCGCCGGUACCGCCGAAACCGACGACAUUAAGGUUGCCCUGCAGAUGGAGGGCGUGACGAACCAGCAGCUCCGUGCCGACUUCGACCUGAUUGACGUCUCGCUUGCCGAAGAAGGUGUGCAGCUCUUCCGGCAGGGUCCGCAGCAUGGCAUGGAAUAUGAGCGCCUCUGGUUCGCGAGCAACCUCCCCACUCUCAAGUCCUGGCUCAAAGCUGGCGCCCAGGCCGCUGAGCAUGAGACCAAGCCAGCGGUGCGGCAACUCAUCGUCUCACUGCUCCACAACACAGCAUCGUCGGUUGGGGCGGAGGAAAGGCGGCAACCGGCAGAAGGUUCGUCCGCCAGGGGUACUGCACCCACACUCGCUGCCCUGAACGACAGCCUCGCCGAGUGGUCUCAGAAGGCGCAUGCGGAGCUCCGAGACGAGCUCGAGUCAGCCUUUACCGGUCGCCGCUGGCGGAAGCUGGGCUGGUGGAAACUGUUUUGGCGCGUCGACGAUGUCGCCAUGCUCACAACCGAGAUGCUGAGCCAGCGUUUCAUGCCCACAGCAGAGCACGAACUCAUCUAUCUCACCGGCCGAAUCGCAGAGCUUGACGCCGCCGAAUCGCCCUACCCCCAGCCUCCGUCCUCGGCAGUCACCGACGUCUCCGUCCCGGAAGGGAGACGCCUCGGCUCGCGAGAGCAAACCGCCGCCCUCGCGUUGACUUCAUCGCCAGUUCCGCCUAAAUGGCCUGGUCAUAUCGCAUUUACUCGUCGAUACCUACAAGACGAGACCGUGCCGGCGCUGCAAGCACUAGCGCAACGACUCGUCAUGCAGUCACUGGGCACGUCGGGUAUCGCGACAUCCCUAGCGGCGCUCCUCUACGCCUCGUCCUUUGCGUCCUCGCUCUACGAAGCGGGCGCCGUCGCCGCUCUGGGCAUCGUCUUCAGCCUGCGUCGCAUGCAGAAUAAGUGGGAGAUGGCCCGGACCUUCUGGGAAGGCGAGGUCCGCGAAGAAGGUCGCAAAGCCGUCAGGGCUGCCGAGGACAGCGUGGCGACCGUACUGGACAAGAGCAGGGCGAAUGGAGAGUCGGAGAAGGAGGCCGAAGGACGUAAAAAAACGCGCGACCUGAUUGCGAAGGCCGAGGACGCCUUGGCGCGUAUGAAGUAG